AUGUCGUGUUCCUCAGUGCGGUCAUCAGCGCAUGUCGAGCACCUGGAAUCGUUUGGCAUGGCAUGGCUCGCAUGCUGCGGGUGCUUGGAGGUACUCGCAUGUAGCACAGGUAGAGGUGGUUUGCAGUUCUUCCGCCCUCUCGCGCCAGAGUGCAGCUUGCCUGCCGUCAAGUUCUUGGAUGCUUGCUGUGCACUUGGGCUUGUCAAGGCGAGCGCAGCUUCGAGUGGCAACGAGCUGUGGCAGUCCUGGUCGCUUGGCAUUCGGCUUCAAAAGCAGGUCAAGACAGGUCAAGGUGCUGAAGCCGUGAUUCCUUUCAAUCCCGGACAUGAUCCGUACUUCCAUUUGCCAGGCCUCAAUGGACGCCCCGGACACUGUGGCGUCCUGGGCUUGGUCACUGCAUGUGUAGAACUCUGCACAGCCUUUUCCUCGUAA